GAUCCAGACCUUGCAGUCGAACGCAGAGCGACGAUCUCCCCUCCUGCACUGUUUCUGUUGACGUGGUUAACUGUGCCUGUUGCACAGAUAUUCAUGAGAAAAAGUUUGCAAAAAGUCGAGAAGUCAUGCUGGACUUUGCCAUCUUUGCCGUGACGUUUGUCAUCAUAUUGGUGGGCGCUGUGCUGUAUUUGUACCCGUCAUCCAGAAGGGCCUCUGGCAUCCCAGGUCUCAAUCCGACAGAUGAGAAAGAUGGGAACCUGCAGGACAUUGUGAGCAGAGGCAGUCUGCACGAGUUCCUCGUCAGUCUGCAUCAGGAGUUUGGGUCCGUGGCGUCGUUCUGGUUCGGAGGUAGACCGGUGGUCAGCCUGGGCUCUGUACACCAGCUACAGCAACACAUCAACCCCAACCACACCACUGACUCCUUUGAGACGAUGCUGAAGUCGUUGCUAGGUUACCAGUCAGGAAUGGGAGGCGGGGCCGCCGAGACAGUAAUAAGGAAAAAGGUGUACGAGAAUGCCAUCAACAACACGCUGAAGAACAACUUCCCUCUUGUGCUCAAGCUGGUGGAGGAGCUUGUGGGAAAGUGGAAGUCAUACCCGGACUCUCAGCAUACCCCGCUAUGUGCCCACCUGCUGGGUCUGGCCAUGAAGACUGUCACCCAGCUGGCUCUGGGCGAGAGCUUCGGAGACGACACUAAGGUCCUGUCCUUCCGCAAGAACCACGAUGCGAUCUGGUCAGAAAUUGGAAAAGGCUACUUGGAUGGCUCCCUGGAGAAGAGCUCCAGCAGGAAAGGACAUUAUGAGAAAGCUCUGUCAGAGAUGGAGUCCAUGCUGUUGUCAGUGGCAAAGGAGAGAAAAGCCCAGAGGAAGCAGACGGCAUUUGUAGACUCUCUGCUUCAGUCCAGCCUCACAGAGCGACAGAUCAUGGAGGACUGUAUGGUUUUCACUUUGGCUGGAUGCGUCAUCGCUGCGAACUUGUGCAUCUGGGCACUUCACUUCCUGUCCACCUCAGAGGAAGUUCAGGACAAACUGUACAAAGAGCUGGAUGAGGUUUUGGGUUCAGACCCAAUUUCCUUGGACAAAAUCCCUCAGCUCAGAUACUGCCAGCAGGUCCUCAACGAGACGGUGAGGACUGCCAAGCUGACCCCCGUCGCGGCUCGGCUUCAGGGAGUGGAGGGCAAAGUCGAUCAGCACGUCAUCCCCAAAGAGACUUUGGUCAUCUACGCUUUGGGAGUGGUCCUGCAGGAUUCUGACACCUGGAGCGCCCCAUACAGAUUUGUCCCGGAUCGAUUUGAGGAGGAAUCAGUCGAGAAGAGCUUUUGUCUGCUCGGGUUCUCAGGGAAUCAAACAUGCCCCGAGCUCAGGUUCGCCUACACUGUCGCUACUGUCCUGCUCAGCACGUUGGUGCGCCAGCUGAAGCUCCACCAGUUGAAGGGACAGCUCAUGGAGGUCCGAUCUGAGCUGGUAUCCACACCCAAAGACGAAACCUGGAUCACCGUCAGCAGAAGAAGCUAAUCUUCUGAAGAACUGACACGUUUGAUUUCUAGAUAACUAUUUGUCUUAAUUAAAGGAACAACCAGUAAAGUGUUUCCUUAAUGCCAGAUAGUUAAUUUAUCACUUUAACUUCAAUCUUUGAACAAUUUUUAUGGUAGUUGACACUUUUUGGAUUUAUACUCUUAAUUUGCAUCAUUCUUAAGUGCUUUUUCUCAAUUUGGUAGAUUUUUUUAUGUAGUCAUAGUAGCACCAUCACAGUUUUCCCAGUUGUCUUUUUGGUGCUUUUUUUUGUACAGUAAUCUGAGGCCUUAAGCACGUUAUCACCUUCACAGGAUAGUUUUGCACUUGUUGAAAUCUGUUAACAUGGGGAAUCUUUGUGGUUAAAUACUUACAAUGUAGAGGAAAACCACUUGUGCUACCAAACAUUUUUCUAUAAAUCCUAGAACAGCUGCUUUGAGUCAAAAUCCCCAUUAACAUGGGGGCUUGUUUGUCCAUUUAUAUGACCCAUGUGGCAUUUAGACAUUUCAUUCCCUUUAUAAACACUGUUGCAUCUGACAUAUUAUUAAAUAUGUUUGAUUUU